CAGAUCGAAUGAGGGCCUAAUUUUACAGCAUAAACCAGUCGAUCUAACAGGGUUUGUGCAUUGAGUGGCGCAUUAGAAAUAGAGCUCGCUGUUCCAUAAUAUGGUAACAACUAUAGCCACACUGAAAUGAGUAUCAGAGAUAAAGAGCUUAAGAUACAUUUCAAACCCGGACAUGUUGAGCUUGCUCAGGAUGAUGUUUACACGCCAUACCGGCGGGUGCUUGUGACAGGUGCGACAGGGCUACUUGGGCGUGCUGUUUACAAAGAGUUUAAGAACAAUGACUGGGAUGCUUUGGGGUGUGGCUACAACCGGGCCCGGCCUUGUUUCCUGAAGUGUAAUCUACUGGAUGAAGAUGCAGUGCAAGGGGUCAUUCAGGGCUUUCAGCCUCAUGUUAUUGUGCACUGUGCUGCUGAGAGGAGGCCAGACGUGGUGGAACGUCACACUGAAGCAGCCAUGAACUUGAAUGUGCAUGCAUGCGCAACACUGGCCAAAGAAGCAGGUGGCAUUUUCCUCAUCUACAUCAGCACAGAUUACGUUUUUGAUGGACGUAAUCCCCCCUAUGGAGAAAAUGAUGCCCCCAAUCCUUUGAAUUUGUAUGGGAAGUCUAAGUUGGAGGGUGAGAGGGAGAUACUCAGACACUGCCCAGGUGCAGCUAUACUGCGAGUGCCCAUUCUUUAUGGAGAGGUGGAGAAGGUUGAAGAGAGUGCAGUGACAGUAUUGUGGGACAGUGUUCAGGAGGGAGCUGAGAGCAGCAACUUAGACCACUGUCAACAACGCUUCCCCACCUACACCAAUGAUGUGGCACGUGUCUGUCGGACCAUGGCUGAGAAGGCCCUUCAGGACCCUUCAUUGCGUGGAAUAUUCCAUUACUCUGGAAAAGAGCAGAUGACCAAAUAUGAAAUUGCUUGUGCAAUAGCAGAUGCUUUCAACCUGUCUAGCAGUCAUCUAAUACCAAUGACAGAGCAGCCCGCUGGAGCAGGGGCUCAGAGGCCACAAAACGCCCAGUUAGAGUGCUCUCGUUUGGAGCUCCUUGGACUGAGCAUGGACCCGACCCCUUUCAAAACUGCCAUAAGGGACAGUCUCUGGCCCUUCCAGCAUGACAAACGAUGGAGGCAGACUGUCUUUCACUGAGGCAACAAGGAUAUCCCACAACAGGGCCACACACUUUACAUGUUCAGAAUUAAUAAAACAGGUUCAUGCUCUUAACAUGUUCAGCACCUUUGUUUUACUGUAUGAUCAAGUAUACAUUUAUUGUAGCCAAGAGGUAUGUACCGUUAUGUGUUUUGUGUGAAUUUACAUUUAAACAAAGUUGAAGACGUGAAUGUAAGAUAAAGUAACAGAAGAUAUCUUCAGUUUCUGUUCUGUCUAUUACUUGAAGAAAUGAGUGCACUAUAAAUAAAGUAUCAG